GGGAGGGAUCUGCUCACACGCACUGUCUGCUUGCUGCGUUCUGUAAAGACAAGUUUGGAGUUGGAUUGUCUUGCUGGUUUAACUUUUUUACUUUGCAUGAAUAAAGAAUUAAAACCAGGAACAUUAUCUGUAAUAUACUUCAUUUAAUUCAGUUGGCAUUGAGAAGGACACUGAAACAUCAGUCAAAGGCAUUCAUUUGCAACUCAGACGUUUGAAGCUUGUUGUCCAUUCCAUCAUGAUAUGGAAACGUAAACGAUGUCUACAACGUUCCUGUUUAACCCUUGCCUUGAGUUGUGCCAUCUGUUUAUUACUGAAGAUCUUUACCAGAGAGGGCAUUAUGCCUAAUGAAAGCCACCCCCCUACUAUCAGUGCUUCUGAUAAAACGUUGGAAAUCUCCACAGAACUACUUUAUGAUGUGAACUGUACUGCGCUUUUGCAAGGGGAUGUAAAUGCAAUCAAAAGAAGCCAAUUUUUAAAAGCACAGUAUAAUGCUAUAAGGCACAAUGACUCUUAUUUUACUAAGGUCACAUACAAUUGUGAAAAUUUCAUAAGAAACAGGAAGUACAUCACUCUUCCUCUCAGUGAAAAUGAGAAAUUAUUUCCAAUUGCCUACUCCAUAGUCACUCAUGAGAAAGCCGACCAGUUUGAAAGAUUAUUGAGAACAAUCUUCACACCACAGAAUAUUUACUGUGUGCAUAUUGAUGAGAAAUCAUCCACUGACUUCAAAAUCGCGAUCCGCAGCAUUGCAUCCUGUUUCCCAAAUGUUUUUAUUGUGCAGAGGUUGGAGAAUAUUGUUUAUGGCUCUUGGUCCAGAGUUCAGGCUGACCUGAACUGCAUGGAGGAACUGCUGGUACGACAUCUAACCUGGAGGUAUUUCAUCAACCUGUGUGGCAUGGAUUUUCCCAUCAAAACCAAUUCAGAGAUUGUCCGCCAAUUACAGGUGUUGAAAGGAAGGAAUAGUUUAGAGUCUGAAGUACCUUCAGAGAAGAAGCAGAUGCGCUGGAAGUAUCAUUUUGAGGUGAUCAAUGGGAAAAUAGUAAGGACAAAUAAGAUCAAGAAACCAUCUUUCACCACUAUGUUCUCAGGUAGUGCCUACAUGGUGGUUAGUAGAGCAUUUGUUGAACACAUCUUCAAAGACCCAAAGGCAAAGCAAUUAAUGGAAUGGUCGAAAGAUACAUAUAGUCCUGAUGAGUUCAUCUGGGCCACUCUGCAAAGGAUGCCUGGUGUCCCUGGUUCCGAACCCUCACAUCCGAAGUACGAUGUAAGUGACAUGAGGUCAGUAGCUAGGCUGGUGAAGUGGAAAUAUUUUGAAGGCGACGUGACGCAAGGGAAGCCCUACCCAUGGUGCACUGGUUCCCAUCGAAGAUCAGUCUGUAUUUAUGGAGUGGGCGACCUCAAGUGGAUACUUCAACAACAUCAUCUGUUUGCAAAUAAAUUUGAUGUUGAUGUGGAUCUUAUAGCCCUCGAGUGCCUGGAGCAGUAUAUUCGACAGAGAUCUCUGGUGGGCUGCAACCAAUAAAGUUUUGUCAUGGAGUCAAAGGGCAGGGAAACAAGCCCUUCAACCACCACGCCACGCCAACCAUCAAGCAGCCCUUUACACUUUUACUGCACGAGUUUUAUUAUAUCCCUGAUUCCCAUCAACUCCCCCUCCCCCAGACCCUACCACUCAACUCUACACUAGUGCAACUACAGUGGUCAAUUAACCCAUGGACCUGCAUGUCUUUGGAUGUGAUAGAAAACUCAGGGGAAACACAGCCGGUCGGUCAUAGGGAGAACAUACAAAUCCCACACAAACUGUGUCAGAAGUCAGGAUUAGACUUGGAAUGCUGGAUCUGUGUGGCUGCUGUUCCACUGCCUGCAGUAACAUGCCACUUGUUAGUGACACCACUUGGAGUUUUUAUGACUUUUAAGCCCAGGAAGUACCUACAAACCGGAUCUACAAAAUAACAUCCAAACUAAACAGUUGUUCCUUGCAAAGUGGGAUUGUUAUGCAGACAAGUAGUUAUUAUAGGAUACUGGAACAAUGCAUUUUAAAUUAUGAAUCUGUAUUACAUCACACCGUCCAGCCGCAAACAUCCUUCACUCAAUAUUAUUAAUCAGAAAUGUCAGCAGCUGCAAUAACUUCACCUUAUUCUCAUUUUGACCCCUGGACUUUGGCUUCCUAUACUGUUCUAACAAAACUCAAUGUAGGGUCAAUGAUUCAUCUCAUGUGACUGGGCACUACAGAACUCUAGACUUAAGACAGACUUAAUACAACUCUGUAGCUUUGCUGACCAGAGAUUUGAUGGAGGUACCAUCCUUGAUAUUGCUUCAGCACUGUUCUGAGUUUCUAUGAGUGGGACAAGCAAACCCCAAAUGGAAUGUAAAAGAAAUAAAGGUAUUUCCUGAACUGCAUUAAAAUCUGAACAUAUCAGAGGAGGAGAAAUAAAUAUCAAAAAGGAAGCAUAAGGAACAGCACAAAAUCAUUGCAAGUGCAAACAGAAAAUAUGAGUUCUUUAUGUAGAAAGACUAACUUGGCUGGUAUUUUAAUUAACAAGUAUCUACUUUGAAGGAAAUGUUACAGGAACUGCAUUGCAAUCAAUGUUACAUUGGUAAUUAAUAUUGUUUCUAGACUUUGAUA